AUGGUCUACUUGCUGGACACAGCAACGGACCUGGACUUGUUCAAAGUGCACGAACACACUGGAGAGAUCAGGACCACCAGGAGGAUCCUGGAGGACAACUCCACGUCGUUCGCUCUCACCGUUGUUGUGAAAGACCACGGCCAGCCUGCCCUCUCCUCCACGGCCACCAUCAAUGUUGCUGUCAUGGAGGUGCCACCAAAAGUUGUUCCUGACCCGAAGAAGACCAUGCGACCUCACAGCCCACUGCUCCUCUCCAACAUGACCCUCUAUUUGAUCGUGGCUUUGAGCGCGACAACCUUUGUGUUCCUCGUCACUGUGGUGGUGCUCGCCAUCGUCCGCUGUCACGCCUACUGCACCCAGCCCGGAUCCUGUUCCCCUUGCUGUGUGUCCCAGAAGCCUCCUCCAGAUGGUGGGAGCAGCAGCGUGAGUGCUGGUGGGCCAGGCGGUGGCGGAGCCCCAGGACAGCCUAACAACAAUGUAGUGCUUCGCAGAGACCUCAAAGUGGAGCCUCACUACAUAGAAGUGCGUGGCAACGGCUCCCUGACGAAGACGUACUGCUACAAGACCUGCCUGACAGCCACCUCAGGCAGCGACACCUUCAUGUUCUACAACACAGGGAGGCCCAUCAGUGGCACCUGGGGUAGCGGCGCUGAUCGUUUCUUCACCAGUGGAAGUGGAUUUGUACGGAGACUGAGCAUGCCAGAUGCCUCACUGCAAAUCUGCCCAGAGCCAAAAGCCCCAAACGCUGACUGGCGAUAUUCUGCAUCUUUGAGGGCAGGGGUGCAGAGUUCUGUCCACAUGGAGGAGGCCUCAGUGAUGCAGGGAGCCCAGGGGAUGCUGGUGCAAAACUGGCCCACUGUGUCCAGUGCUGCAGAUGGAGAAGGUGGUGGAGAGCUAUCCCCGCCAGUGGGUGCUGGAGUCAACAGCAACAGCUGGCACUUUAGAUAUGGAGCGGCACAAGGCUACGGCCCCCCUCAGCCCCUGAAGCCUGGAGAGAUUCCCCCCGAAGCGUUCAUCAUCCCUGGAUCUCCAGCCAUUAUUUCCAUUCGCCAUGACGGAGGCCCUGUAGAUGACAAAGGUGACUUCAUAAGCUUCGGCAAGAAGGAUGAGGCCAAGAAGAAGAAGAAGAAGAAAAAGGACAAGAAGGACAAAAAGGAUAAGGGAAAGGAUGAUGGUGAUGACUAG